AUGACGUCUCAAAACCAAACAGCAGCGACCGUCACCGUGGCCUCUUCCAUCAAUAUCGUGGCUCUCAUGGAUCAGGAGGAUCUUUGGGUAGACAACGUUCUUCCCUUUGUGGGCAUGGGACAAUACGCAUUCAUUGGAGCCAGCAACAAGCAACUGAAUCGUCUCUACAAGGCAUAUUGCAAGACGGUACAGAAUCCUCCUUUUGUCAAGCAUGACGAGGAUAGAGAAGCCCUUCGUAUGGAAUUGUGGCGUGGUACAGUUCACCCCUCCGUGGAGAGACGCGGUGAUGAUGAUCAUUGCCAGCACAAACCCUGGCGCAAAGCCACCGACACGGACACAUUUGACACGCCACAUUCUCCUCCGUGGCAUGUGCCAAAUACUGGCUCCGUUGUGACCCUGGUGAGAGAAUCCGGUUAUGGGGCUCUGGCUAUCGUCGACGCAUGGUCAAGUUGGGGAAUCUUGCAGUUCUAA